GUCGCGCUCUCAGCCACCAGCCUCACCCACCGGGGGGGUGACGAGGGGUCCCCAGCCCCGUGUCCCCCCCAUGUCCACGGGUGCCGGUGCCCUGGGUGCCCCCCCGGCAGGUGCAAGGGCGGCUGCAGGCGCUGCAGCGAGAAGGAGGAGGAGGUGCUGGAGGAGGUGAAGAUGUCCGGCUCCAUCGCGUCCUACGACCAGCUGGUGCGGCAGGUGGAGGCGCUGAAGAAGGAAAACAGCCACCUCCGUCGGGAGCUGGAGGACAACUCCAACCACCUCUCCAAGCUGGAGAAUGAGACCUCGGACAUGAAGGAGGUCCUGAAGCAUCUCCAGGGCAAGCUGGAGCAGGAGGCACGGGUCAUGGUGUCCUCGGGGCAGACGGAGGUCUUGGACCAGCUGAAAGCUCUGCAGAUGGACAUCACCAGCCUCUACAACCUCAAGUUCCCCACGGAGGUGGCCGCAGCUAGGCGCAGCACCGAGGAGAGCCCACCACCACCCGUGUCCCACCGGGAUGGUGCUGGGGACCUGGGCAGAGCCACCAUCCGGAUGCUGGAGGAGCUCGACCGGGAGAGGUGCUUCCUGCUGGGCGAGAUCGAGAAGGAGGAGAAGGAGAAGAUCUGGUACUACGCGCAGCUGCAGAGCCUGGCCACGCGCCUGGACGAGCUGCCCCACGUGGAGACAUUCUCCAUGCAGAUGGAUCUCAUCCGGCAGCAGCUGCAGUUUGAGGCUCAGCACAUCCGCUCGCUGAUGGAGGAGCGCUUCGGGACGGCAGAUGAGAUGGUGCAGCGGGCGCAGAUCCGGGCAUCCCGCCUGGAGCAGAUUGACAAGGAGCUGAUGGAGGCGCAGGACAAGGUGCAGCAGCCGGAGCCACAGCUCUGUGGGAAGGUGCCAGGCAUGGAGGGGGACGGCAGCCUGGACCCCCCGACCCACCCCGAGGAGGGGGGCAGCAGCCUGGGCAGCAGCAAGGUGGAAGUGGUCUUCUGGCUCCUGUCCAUGCUGGCCACGCGGGACAAGGACGACAUGUCCCGCACGCUGCUGGCCAUGUCCAGCUCGCAGGAGAGCUGCCUGGCCAUGCGCAAGUCUGGCUGCCUGCCCCUGCUUAUCCAGAUCCUGCACGAUUCCGACGGAGAACCGGGACCUCCAGAGAGCCCCACCAGUGCCAAGGAUGCCCGCAUGCGUGCCAACGCCGCCCUCCACAACAUCGUCUUCUCGCAGCCCGAUGAGGGCCAGGCCAAGAAGGAGAUGCGGGUGCUGCACGUGCUGGAGCAGAUCCGCUCCUACUCGGAGACCUGCUGGGACUGGCUACAGAUGCAGAGCCGGGACGGGGGCAGAGGCCCUGAGGGCGGCGCAGUGCCAGUGCCCAUCGAGCCCCAGAUCUGCCAGGCCACCUGCGCCAUCAUGAAGCUCUCCUUUGAUGAGGAGUACCGGCGGGCCAUGAACGAGCUGGGUGGGCUACAGGCGGUGGCCGAGCUGCUGCAGGUGGACUACGAGAUGCACAAGAUGACUAACGACCCUUUGAACCUGGCUCUGCGGCGCUACGCGGGGAUGGCCCUCACCAACCUCACCUUUGGUGACGUGGUCAACAAGGCAACGCUGUGCUCCCGCCGGGGCUGCAUGGAGGCCAUCGUGGCUCAGCUGGGCUCUGACAGCGAGGAGCUGCACCAGGUGGUCUCCAGCAUCCUGAGGAACCUCUCCUGGAGGGCUGACAUCAACAGCAAGAAGGUGCUGCGGGAGGUGGGCAGCGUGACCGGACUGAUGCGAUGUGCGUUGCACGCUGGCAAGGAGUCCACUCUGAAGAGUGUCCUGAGUGCACUGUGGAACCUGUCAGCACACAGCACAGAGAACAAAGCCGCCAUCUGUGGGGUGGAGGGAGCCCUGGGCUUCCUGGUGAGCACCCUCACCUACAAGUGCCAGAGCAACUCGUUGGCCAUCAUCGAGAGCGGUGGCGGCAUCCUCAGGAAUGUCUCCAGCCUCAUUGCCACACGGGAGGACUACAGGCAGGUGCUUCGGGACCACAACUGCCUGCAGACACUGUUGCAGCACCUGCGCUCGCACAGCCUCACCAUUGUCAGCAACGCUUGUGGCACCCUCUGGAACCUGUCCGCCCGCAGCCCCCGUGACCAGGAGCUGCUCUGGGACCUGGGGGCGGUCAGCAUGCUGCGCAACCUCAUCCACUCCAAGCACAAGAUGAUCGCCAUGGGCAGCGCAGCCGCUCUCCGCAACCUCCUUACCAACCGGCCUCCCAAGUACAAGGAUGCCACCGUCGUCUCGCCGGGCUCCUGCAUGCCCUCACUCUACAUGCGCAAGCAGAAGGCGCUGGAGGCCGAGCUGGACGCCAAGCACUUGGCUGAGACCUUUGACACCAUGGAGAAGCAGAGCUUGAAGAGCCAGAGCACCAAGAAGCCAGCGCGGCACAUGGAGAGCCUGGUGAAGGACUACGCCUCUGACUCUGGCUGCUUCGAUGAUGACGAAGUGCCCAACAUUUCCACCGGCGUGGAGACAGCCAGUGCCUCUGUCCUCUCCAUGUUCCUCAACUCCUCCUUCCUGCAGGGGCAGGCACUGCCCCGGGCACUGGCACAGAGGCGAUGUCCGGAGCCAGAGAAGGAUGGCAGUGGCAAACCGGCUGAGCCCAAGAAGUUGCCACUGCCAGAGGAUGAUGUCUCGCUGGCUGCUGAGAAGUUGGCCAACAAGAUCUCCAGCACAGUGGCCAAGAUCGACAAGCUGGUGGAGGACAUCUCCACCAUGCACACAUCCUCGGAUGACAGCUUCAGCCUCAGCUCGGAGGACCACUGCCUGGACUGGCAAUACGGCCCCGAGGAGGUGCACGAGGCACGUGCCCAGUCCUGCUCUCCGUGCCGCCUCUCGGACGCCGGCAGCUUUGCCAAGAGGGAGAGCCUGAGCCGGGCGCACACGCUGCUGCGGCUGAAGACCGCCUACACCAGCCUGUCCAACGACAGCCUCAACAGUGGCAGCACCAGCGAUGGCUACUGCACCAAGGAGCACAUGAAGCCCUGCACCAGGGCCACCUUCCUUGACUACCGGGACGAGCUGCAGCGGUACCAGAAGCGGCCAAGCCGGCUUGACCUCAAGAGCAUCCUGGGUGGCAAACCAGAGCGAGCUGAACCCCCUGUGCUCAAGGGCAGAGACCCAGCUGAGCCGGACAAGCCAGAGCAGCGAGACCUGCCUGAACGGGCCAAGAAGACAGUGACCUUCCCCAGCCCCAAGGCACUGGAGAAGGAGCCCGAGUGGAAGAAGGAGACGGGCAGCAAGCCCUCACCUGACUCCCACGUCCACACGAUCAAGCUCUCCCCGUCCUACCAGCACGUCCCUGUGCUCGAGAGCCUGGCCAAGAGUGGUGCGGCCACCAACACCGGCCACCACCCCUCGCUCCUGGGCAGAAAGCAGGCCUGGCUGCCCCCGACGCUGCUGCAGACAGCCGAGAGCCUGAGCAAGAUCCCAGAGAAGCUGCCUGCCCACCCGCCGGCCACAGCAGAGCAGGAGUCGGUGCAGAAGUACUCAGUGGAGGACACCCCAAUCUGCUUCUCCCGGUGCAGCUCCCUCUCCUCCCUCUCCUCAGCUGACAACGUGCUGGAUGGGCAGAGCCACAGUGAGAACGACCUGGACAGUGACUCCUCCCUGGAGAUACUGGAGAUGGAAGAAGGGGAUGGGGAAGGUGAGGAUGGGAGACAGGAGAAGGAGAAAGCUGUGGAUCCGGGUCCAACCACGCCAGUGGGGAUUUCCCAGCCCAUCACCAUCCCCUUCACAAAGCGUGACAAGGUCUUCUUGCGAGAAUCAUCCCCAUCACGCCAGGAGGACCUCACUCCCUCGAGCUCCUCGGAGAACUACAUCCAGGAGACACCCCUGGUGAUGAGCCGCUGUAGCUCUGUCAGCUCCCUGGGCAGUUUUGAGAGCCCCUCCAUUGCCAGCUCCAUCCAGAGCGACCCUUGCAGCGAGAUGAUCAGCGGCACCAUCAGUCCCAGCGAACUGCCUGACAGCCCCGGACAGACCAUGCCACCCAGCCGCAGCAAGACACCCCUCUUUGAGUUGGGCUGCCAACCUGAGAAGGAGACCAGCCAGUUCAACAUCCAGUGGGAGAACAAUGUCAAAAAAUUCAUGGAGAUCACUGAUUUCAAGGAACGGUUCCAGCUUCCCCAGGAUCUGGAUUCCAUGGUCUACUUCACAGUGGAGAAACCCAAUGAGAACUUCUCCUGCGCCUCCAGCCUGAGCGCUCUGCCCCUCCACGAGCACUACGUCCAGAAGGAUGUGGAGCUCAAGUUGAUGCCCACCUUCCCGGAGAAGAACAGCCUGAAUUUCGCAGCUCAUGAGAAGCGGGAGGAGCGUCGGGAGGAGCGGUACCUGGAUGUCCGGCGACGGGCUGAGCACCCUGAGCCCACCUCCGAUGAUGACAUCGAGAUCCUGAAGGAGUGCAUCAGCUCUGCCAUGCCCUCCCGCUUCCGCAAGGUGAAGACCUCCCUUCUCUCUGGCCAAGUCCUGCACCCCCAGACGAAGAAGCCAGUGCACGUCCCUGUCUACAUGCUGGUGCCAGCCCACACACACCCUGGUGUCCCCAAGCACCUGCGUGCCACCACCCGUGACUUCUUCAAGGAUGACGACUCUUUCACCGACUCGGCUGAUGGGACCCCCGUCAACUUCUCCAGCACUGCCUCGCUGAGCGAUGAGACCCUGUGCUACACGGCCACCGAGGAGGCUGAGCACCCCCGCGGCCCAGGGACGGGACACCCGGCAGGGGUCCUGCCCGAGGGGCACCACAAGGUGGGCAGCGCCGGCGCGAUCCCGGCCAGGAGAGCCACCUCAGGCAGCUCAGCUCCCGCCCGGCUGAGCUCAGCGGGCAAAGGCAAGGCAGGAUCAAGCCGGGGCCAAGGCGGGGAGGGGAAGCGGGGCCAGACCCUCCCAAAGAGCGGACCCACCCUGGAGCUGGAGGUGGGGAGGGUCGAUGGUCCCUCUGGGAGGAAGAAUGCUCCCCAGGAGGAUGGGGUGGCCUUUCAGUCGCUGUGCCACACCACGCCGACGGAGGAAGCCAUCUACUGCUUCUAUGAGCGGGACUUGGAUGAGCUGCCCGAGGUCGGCAGGGAGGUGUCCGGCAGCAGAGCCCAGCCCGGACGGGCAUCCUGGAGGGAACGCUGUGGCGGCUCUGUGCCCCAGAGGGAGCCUGAGCCCGGUCCCCAGCCAGCGAAGGCAAAGCCACAGCCGCAGAACAACUUAAUCGCUGAUGAGAUGCCGCCGUGCUACUCCCUCAGCUCCUCCAUGAGCUCCCUGAGCGAUGCCAACCUCUCCGAUGGCGAGGAGCGGGGCCAGCCCUGCGGCAAAGCUCCCCGGCCGCGGUCGGCCACGGUGGCAGGGAAGGCGCAGGAGGGCUCCCCCAGCCUCAACUCGGAGGAUGACCUGCUGCAGAAGUGCAUCGGCUCGGCCAUGCCCAAGUGCCGACGGCCCUUGGCUCGACGGAGGGUGGUGGAACGCAAGCAGAAGACACCAGGCGCUGGUGGGAGGGAGAGGAAAGCGGAGGUGAGACAUCGCCCGACCGAGGAUGCUGGGUCCGACCGAGGCUCAGACCUGGACAGUGUGGAGUGGCAAGCCAUCCAGGAGGGCGCCAACUCCAUCGUCACCUGGCUGCACCGGGCUGCUGCCUCCCUGUCGCGGGAGCCUUCCUCCGAGUCCGACUCCAUCCUCUCCUUCAUGUCGGGACUCUCGGUUGGCUCCACCCUGCAGAUCUCCCUGGGCAGGCAGGAGAAGAAGCGAGCCAGCAGCGCAGCCAGCCGGGACGCUGUGAGGAGGGAGCACAGCAAGAGCCGCCCAGAGAGGAAGGACGCACCGAGUGCCCGUCCCGCUGGCCGUGGAAGUGCCAGGGCAGAGCGGAGCCCGGCGACCACCAAGCCGGUGCCCAACUUGCCUGUGGUCUUCCGUGGUCGGACCGUCAUCUACAUGCCCAGCCUGGCCAAGGAUGCUCCCAGCCCGCGGGCCACCCCGAAGAAAAGUCCUGCGGCAAAGCCAGAGGCACCGCCGGCCAAGAACCUCUCCCUGAGCCAGCAGCGCUCACGGAGCCUGCACCGGCUGGGAAAGCCCCCCGAAACUGGGGACCUGACGCUGCCCAAGAGGAGCACAACGCCGCCCGCCCGCAUCAGCAAGGGACCCCCAUCCUCGGGCUCCUCGCGCACCUCCACUCCCUCUCAGCACGCUCCCAAGAAGCUGCCGUCACCCUCCCAGCUCACCAAGCAGGGUCCCCCAGCUGCGGGCAAGGCGGGCGGCUCGUCCUCCCCACCGGGACCCUCCGCCAAAGCCGCAGCCCCCAAGUCCCCGGCCCCCAAGCAGUCCAAGACGCAGAAGUCGCCCGUCCGCAUCCCCUUCAUGCAGAAGCCCAGCAGGAAGGCGCUGCCGGGCCGGGGGGCCAUGCCAGUGCUGGAGGAGCAGGAGGAUGGCAGCAAGGCGCGGGGCGGGGGGUCGGCGGGCAGACGGCUCAACCUGGUGCGGAUGUCAUCAGCCCGUUCCAGCGGGAGUGACUCGGACCGCUCCGGCUUCCUGCGCCAGCUCACCUUCAUCAAGGAAUCUUCCAGCCUGCUGCUGCGGCACCGUGCUGAGCUCUCCCCGGCGCAACCGGCAGCCUCGCUGCCCCGACGAGCCUCCCCGCAGCGCAGCCGUGCCACCCUCCCAGCCGUCUUCCUCUGCUCGUCCCGAUGCGAGGAGCUCAAGGCGGCCAAGCCAGCGGCCCCCAACCCACGGCCCCUCAUCCCCAGAACCCAGCCCGGUGGCAAAGUCCCCGCUGGGGUCAAGCCGCCACGGAGAACCAGCUCUGAGAGCCCAUCCCGGCUGCCGGUGAAGACCAGCAUCCCCACGCCCGAGCCCUUCAAGAGGUACUCGUCCUCACCCAACAUCAGUGUGGUGCGGAGGACGAGCAGCCCUUCCUCCAGCCUCUCCGUCCGCUCUGAGGCUUCGGCGCGGCGGCCACAGACCGAGGCGGUGCCCAGCGGGCAGCCGGCCAAGCCACCGGUGGUGAUGAUGAAGGGGACCUGGCGGAGGAUUCGGGAUGAAGACAUCCCCCACAUCCUCAAGAGCACGCUGCCCUCCUCCGCGCUGCCCCUGGCAAACACCGGUGAGGAGGAAUGUCCCGGCACCCCCAGCCCCAGGAAGACCAGCGAUGCCGUGGUGCAGACUGAGGACUUCACCACGGCCAAGACCAAUUCCAGCACCUCUCCCACGCUGGAGACUCGCGAGGGGCCCCCGCACGCCCGUGCUGCUUGUGAUGGUGAAGCCCUGGCCCCCGCCAAGGCUGCCCUGCCCAUCUCCUUCGGCCACGAGGCACCAGCUGCGACGUUCCCCGCCAGCCGGCACGGCUCCCCAAGCAGAGCUGCCCGUGUCACCCCCUUCAACUACAUCCCCAGCCCCAUGGCCGUGACAGCGGUGGCCGACAAGGCGGUGGAGAAAAUCCAGGCUUGA